AGCUGUGUAACUGUCACAUUGCCCACAUUGUUGCAGGUCGAGGCUCUUACUCAGUAACAUAUUACAGGAGCAGCACAGAAACAAAUCAGCCGUGACAUAAAUCGCGUCACGUUUCCUGCUCGUUAACAUCUGAAGAUUUAUUAUUAGGACUUGACAAACCAGAUCCAGCGCUUUCUGUGGAAUAAGGGAAAAUGUCCCUGUCUGGCUGGGUGUGUGUGGUCACAGGAGCCUCCAGAGGAAUCGGCCGGGGAAUCGCUCUGCAGCUGUCUGAGGCCGGAGCCACCGUCUACAUCACAGGACGCCAGGAGAACACGCUGAAACAAACGGCUGCUCAGGUUAAGGAGAGAGGUGGAAACUGUGUGCCGGUUAUCUGUGAUUCUACUAAAGACGGAGACAUUGAAGAGCUGUUUGAGCAGAUUAAACGUGAACAGAACGGCCGACUGGAUAUCCUGGUUAACAACGCCUACGCUGGAAUACAGGCUAUCUUUGAGAACAUCGGGACCAAGUUCUGGGAACUUGAUCCAACCAUUUGGGAUUCCAUCAACAACACAGGUCUCAGAGGCCACUAUUUCUUCUCAGUUCAUGCAUCCCGCAUGAUGGUGGCUCAGGGUCGGGGUCUGAUAGUCACCAUUUCAUCUAUCGGGGGGCUGAGGUAUCUCUUCAAUGUGCCAUAUGGUGUUGGAAAAGCUGCAUGUGACCGGCUAGCAGCAGACAUGGCUGUUGAUCUGAAAAACAGAGGAGUGGCUUCUGUCAGUCUGUGGCCGGGAGCGGUACAAACAGAGCUGGUGACUCACAUACUGGAGAAAGAAACACCACAGGGUGUCACUCCUAAGAUUAAAGAUGUUUUUGCCAAUGGAGAAACUACGGAAAUGAGCGGGAAGUGCAUUGUGAACCUGGUCACAGAUAAAAAUCUGAUGUCCCUGACUGGGAAAGUGCUCAUGACUUGUGACCUGGCGAGGCGCUACGGGUUAAAAGAUGUCGAUGGACGGAGUGUCACUGAUAACACUUCCUUCAAAUUCCUGCUGAGCCAGGUCCCCUAUCUCUCCUGGCUGUCAGCUGUCGUCCCUUCAUUCCUCCGUGUGCCACGCUUCGUGCUCACUCUGGCUAGUGGACGCUUCUAAAAACAUUUUCUAGAUCCACCUUACUUACAGCUUACAGCUGUCGUGUCAGUGGUUUCAGAUCAAAUCCAUUACUAAUGGAUAACAAAUGUCAAAAAGCUAAACACUGACUGAAGAGUAUUGUUGAAAUGACCUUUUAUUCUGACUUCUUGAGUAUUCUAAAAAUCUUUUCUAGAUCCACCUGAAGUCCAAAUCCACUCUGUCUCUAUCUCUGUAUACAUAUACAGGUGCUGGUCAUAUAAUUAGGCCACGUUUAUACAGUACAGGCCAAAAGUUUGGACACACCUUCUCAUUCUAUUUACAUUGUAGAUUCUCACUGAA